AUGGUCGACAUUAUGUUCCUUCUCAUAUUUUCGAUGUGGAGUUUAAAUACUUGUGCAAAAAAAAAAUCUGAUAAAACGUUAAUUAGUGACCGUAUGCCUCGUGCAGAACUAAAAGUGCCGAAUUCAAAUCAGAACCGUAUAUUGAAAAUCUUGUAUGAGCCAGAAAUGGUAGUCCAGGAGCAAAUGCCAAUCACUGCCGAGCCAAUCCCAGCCACGAAUCAGCCAUCAGAGGAUCAGAGGUCAGUGCCACAGAUCACGGAUCAAGUCACGGAUCAGCGCACUACUCCUGCGAAUGAAGGGACGUUACCUUCACCAGGAUUUGCACAGAAGAGUGCAGAAGAGUCUCCAGCAUUUAUUCUUCCUGACUUGACAAACAAGCAGUCGCUGAAUACUAUGAAAUCAAUGGAGACUGAUCUGGCCUCAUUGCAAGAGAAUAUCAAACCAUUUGGAUCGAAAUUUGGAGGAAAUGUUAUUGCUGGCAGUAAAGAAACAAAUCAAGCGAUUGCGGUAAAGUCUGGUGUGGAGAGUGUGGCGUUUGCUUCUAAAGGUGUAGAAAAUGUUAUUUCUGGCAGUAGAGAAAACGAGAAGUUAAGUAACGAGAAAGUCAGUGCGGAGAGCACCGAGAAUCAGAGUGACGACACUGAUGAAACUUGUGAAACGCAAACAGUUGAAGAAGUGAAAGGAUCAACAAACUCGAAGGAGAUUCCGCUGGACAAAACUCCUCUAUCAGGGUGCUCUCCAAGAUUACAGGAAGAUAGUGACGGUAUGGAAAUGGGCAGGACGCAGACGUCACAAGAUGAGUCAAGCGGUUUAAAGAAGGUUCGACAGUCUAGAACUACUUCAUCGGUGCAGCGUUUGAGAUUAUCAAAUGAACAUCCCGAUUCUGUGGAGUUAAAUAGGACGCAGAAAUCACCGAAAAAGUCGCGAAAAAACAUCGAAGUACUCAGAACUCCUCCAACAGUACAAUCUUUCAGGAUAUCGAAAAAUAAUUUACACUGUACGGAUCUAAGCAACACUCAGAGUGAAAAUUUUUCCGAGAAGCAGGAAAUAUACGGAUCCAAGUGA